AUGAAAUUCCUCGCCGCGUGCUUGACGCUCGUUAGCGUCUCUCCCUGGACGGUGUAUGCACUGCCCAGCCCUGAGGAUCUCUCGGUCCUUGCCUACAGAGCCUGGGACUUCCGUCUUCUCAGUGAAGCACCGCCGGUUUGCAACAGCUCCGAAAGCAAUAUCGAAUACUCCAUUCUGCACUACUCCGGCGCAAAAAAGCGUGACUGUCAGAUAUUGAAUACUGCCGAAUUCAAUUCAACAAACGUCAAGAGUAUCUCGUGGAAGAGCCCGUCCGAGACCGACCGCUACGAUCUUUGCAUGUUCAGCUCGCCUGACUGCUCCGGUGGAGAGGACGGAUUUCUGGGGAGCAUUACCAAUGGCUGGGAGGUAUGUUAUUUGUACAAUGGGUUUGAGUCAUGGACUAUUAUACCGAAUGGAAACCCUUGUCUUCCAGUUGCGGGCGGUGAUGCUGAAGAUGGGAGGAAAUAG